ACGUCCACUCAGCAUGGCAUCGGCUGUGAGCAAGACCAGAAAGGCCGUGGCCGAUGGCGUGUUCUACGCCGAGCUCAACGAGCUGCUGAUGCGGGAGCUGGGUGGCGAGGGCUACUCUGGAGUGGAGGUGCGGGUGACGCCCAUGCGCACUGAGGUCAUCAUCCGCGCCACCCGGACUCAGAACGUGCUGGGCGUCAAGGGCCGCCGCAUUCGCGAGCUGACCAGCGUGGUGCAGAAGCGCUUCAAGUUCCCAGAGGGCUCUGUGGAGCUGUAUGCUGAGAAGGUGGCCAACCGUGGCCUGUGCGCCGUGGCCCAGGCUGAGUCCAUGCGCUACAAGCUGCUGGGGGGCCUCGCCGUGCGCCGUGCCUGCUAUGGCGUACUGCGCUUUGUGAUGGAGAGCGGCGCCAAGGGCUGCGAGGUGAUUGUGUCCGGCAAGCUGCGCGCACAGCGCGCCAAGAGCAUGAAGUUCAAGGACGGCUACAUGGUGUCCAGCGGCAACCCAGUGCACGAGUACAUCGACUCCGCCACCCGCCACGUCUUGCUGCGCCAGGGCGUGCUGGGCAUCAAGGUGCGGAUCAUGAAGGAGUGGGACCCCACCGGAAAGGUUGGCCCGCGCACCCCGCUGCCCGACGUCGUCACCGUGCUGGCUCCAAAGGAGGAGGAGUAUGUGUCGGACCAGAAGCUGAAGGAGAAGGCUGCUCUGUGAGUUGCGCCCUCUGGCCACGAGGUGUCCCGAGUGCUGCAUGCAUGCUGGCGUCUCCUACUGUAAUGUAAUACGGCUAUACAGUUGAAAGAUCCA